CAAUUGCUCCUUUUGGCAUUCUAACCAUACACUUCCUCUACUCCUUCUUAACCGAAAUAUACGAUGGGCAAAGACGUGCUAGAGUUCGCAGGCAGCGGUUCCGAUAGCGAGGGCGAGUUUGACCUAACCUCGGCACUCAUUCCGCAGGCCAACGCCAAGCUCGGCACACGUAAAGCCAAGCAGGAGCCCGAGGAGGCUGCCUCCAGCUCAGACGGGGACACAAGCGAGGAUGAGAUGAUCAAGCAGUCGAUGCAGGCACAGAACCGCAAAAAGAAGAAGUCUGGUGGUUUCCAGUCGAUGGGUCUUGACCCGGCGCUAUUCCGUGCCAUCAUGAAGAAGGGAUUCAAAGUUCCAACGCCUAUCCAGCGCAAGACUAUCCCAGUGGUGCUUUCGGGCCGCGAUGUCGUGGGUAUGGCACGUACAGGUUCGGGUAAGACUGCGGCAUUCUUGAUCCCCAUGAUCCAGCAUCUGAAAGCGCACUCAGUGAAGGUUGGUGCCCGUGCCAUUGUCUUGUCGCCGAGUCGCGAACUGGCGCUGCAGACGCACCAGGUCACAAAGGACCUUGUGAAGUACACCGAUCUGCGCGCUGUGCCGAUUGUCGGUGGUGACAGUAUGGAGGAUCAGUUCGGUAUCAUUGCGUCGAACCCUGAUAUUAUUAUUGCCACGCCCGGACGUCUAUUGCACCUGGUCGUCGAGAUGGGGCUGGAUCUGACUACCGUCGAGUACAUUGUGUUUGACGAGGCUGAUCGUCUGUUCGAGCUGGGAUUCGCUGUGCAGCUGCAUGAGAUCCUUGGCCGUCUGUCAGCGAACCGCCAGACGCUUUUGUUCUCGGCUACACUGCCAGCUACCCUGGUUGAUUUCGCCAAGGCUGGCUUGCAGGACCCGGAGCUGAUCCGUCUUGACGUCGAGUCCAAGAUCAGUCAGGAUCUGGAGAUGGCGUUCUUCAACGUGAAGAACGAGGACAAGGACGGCGCGCUGAUUUACUUGUUGCGCGAAGUCAUUGGUGCACCCAUCAACCAGGACCGGUCGAUCAAGAGCCAGGCGUGGCGGCGGUUCGGCAGCAAGCCGCCCAAAGACUUGAAAAAGAAGGGCAAAAAGGGAAAGAAGGACGAGGAGACGAACGAGGACGGGUCGCCCAAGCCAAAGUGCCAGACGAUCGUGUUUGUGUCCACCAAGCAUCAUGUCGAGUAUCUCAACUCGCUGCUGACCGAAGCCGGUUUCUACGUCUCGCACAUCUACGGUUCCUUGGACCAGACCGCGCGUAAGAUCCAGAUCGCCCGCUUUACUGCAGGCAAGACCAACAUCCUGAUUGUCACCGAUGUCGCCGCCCGUGGUAUCGACAUCCCGAUCCUCGAGAACGUAGUCAACUACGAUUUCGUUGACUCGUCCAAGGUGUUUGUGCACCGCGUCGGUCGUGUUGCCCGUGCUGGCCGGCGCGGCUGGGCGUAUUCGUUGGUGACUACCGAGGAGUUGCCCUACGUCCUCGACUUGCAGCUGUUCUUGGGACGGCCGCUGCAGCUUGGCAAUUCGUCGAACACAACGCCCUCGUAUUCAAAGGAGAUCACGCUGGGCCAGGUCCCGAUCGAGCUGACGGGUGCAGACAGCGAGUGGGUGACGCGCAUAGUCAGCGAGAGCAUUAAUCUGGAGGCCAUGAGGAAGACCGCAGUUAAUGGCAGCAAGCUGUACAAGAAGAGCAGGCAGACAGCCGCCAGCGAGAGCUACAAGCGCGCAAAGCAGAUCAUGCUGGCAGACUCCUUCUCGGAGCCGCAUUCGCUGCUCACCAAACUCAUCCGCCCGGAGGACAAGAGCCGCAUGGAAAUGCUCCGCCACCUCUCGGGAUUCCGGCCCUCCGAGACCAUUUUUGAAAUCGGUAACCGUGGCUCCAAGCACGCGACCACUGCCGGCCUGAUCAUGCAAAACUACCGCAUGGCAUCCGGACGGUUCAUUGCACAGACGCAAAAGCGCCGGGCGGAGAAGCUCGAGGAUCCGCUCGAUAAAUUCAACGAUUCCGAUGACGAGAAGCAGGCCAAGGACGAGCAGAUUCUGAACCCUACCAACAAGUCGGCGUUCCGUGACGAUGACUUCUACAUUCCGUACACGAAGACAGACCUGAACUCCGAGCGUGGCUACGCCAUGCCCAAGGGCAGCUCGUUUGCCGAGCAGGCUCAGGGUGCGAUUAUUUCGCUCAACGGCGACGAGAACGAGACGCUGUUGCAAAUGCAGCACGCGAAGCAGUCAAAGAACGUCAUGCGCUGGGACUCGAAGAAGAAGAAGUUUGUGCGCGGCACGGGCAUCGGAUCGGAUAACAAGAAGAUGAUCCGCACUGAGAACGGCACUAUGCUGCCAGCGUCGUUCAAGUCGGGUAGCUUCAAGGAGUGGCAGGACAAGACACACACGGCGUUGCCACGGACUGGCGAGAGGGAGCGCGACGAUGCUGUGGCCAUGAUGGCCAGAGGGAAGUACGCAACCGGCACAUUCAAGCAUACAAAGGUUACAGCUGCCAAGCCGCUGGACCCGAUGGCCCUCGAUUACGAGCGCAAGCUCAAGAAGCGCUCGCAUGCUGAGGCAGAGGAUAAUGGAGACAAGUACAAGGGCACAGUGGAAUUCAGCGAUAAUGAGACAUCGAGUGGCCGUGGGAAGCGUGCCAAGGGUGGUAAGGGCGGUAAGAGCGACAAGGGCGGCAAGGGCGACAAGGGCGGCAAGGGCAGCAAGGCUGGAAAGCCCGCUACCAACAGCGGUAACCAAAAGGUGCGCAAUGAGCUUAAGAGCCGCGACCAGAUCCGCAAGGAGCGCAUCCAGAAGGACAACCGCCGUGCACGGUCGAACCAGCCAUCCAAGCGGGGCGGGCGCAAGGGCCGGAGAUAGAUAUGUGAGGUUAUAUUUGAAGAAUGGGAAUGGUAGAUUUGAAAG